CCUACGCCCACCCCACCCGACCCGGGCACACAACACCAAUUCACCAAACUUCUCAAGACUGUCACUGUCCACUCCACCACCUCACUUGCGAUGCGAACAAGAGCAAAGCCCUGAAAUCCUUCUCCCCCUGCACGCACCUGCAGACCUGCUCUCUCGCGCGCAUCUCCCGUGCCCCUCACUGUUUAGUGGCGACGACUGGGCGACAGUCGCCGCCGCCGCCCGCUAGGGGCCGUGCCCCUGGUCUCCAUCUUCGGGCGCUUCGCCCACCAGAUAUGAGCAGCUGGCAAUUCGAUUUUGAGGCCAUUAUUUGAUAACCCGGGACAAGUGCACUGUUACCUGACCAUUUUAGCUUGUUCAGAUGGCUACACAGUUGCCAUGCUUCACACAGCUCAGUCCACCGUCUUGUAGUUGGAUAAAAGAUGUCGGGAACUGCAAGGCUACGCCUGAUAGGGUAGCCAGAAGUGCCCGAGCUUUGGGCCACUGUCACUUCCGGUGCUGUGCAGGCCCCCGUAGUGCAAACUCUUUCAAGAAGAAAGACUCUUUCGAGAAGAAAGACUCUUUCCUCGAACUUCAUCCGGAGGUAUCUCUGCUCCGUGGCGAGAAGAGUGCCGAGGUUGUGCCAAUGAAAGGUUCCUCUGAUGGGGGUCUGUUAGAGGGACUGGGGGUGCCGCCGGACCGAAAUGAUUACAGUGAGGCUAAGAUCAAGGUAGUUGGAGUUGGAGGCGGGGGUUCGAAUGCAGUCAAUCGGAUGAUUGAGAGCUCCAUGAACGGCGUUGAGUUUUGGAUCGUGAACACUGAUGUGCAGGCCAUAAGAAUGUCUCCUGUGCUCCCCCACAAUAGACUGCAGAUUGGACAGGAGUUGACUCGAGGCCUGGGCGCUGGGGGAAACCCUGAUAUUGGGAUGAAUGCAGCAAAGGAGAGCAGCGAGUCCAUUCAGGAAGCUCUUUUUGGUGCUGACAUGGUUUUUGUGACGGCUGGAAUGGGUGGAGGAACUGGAACUGGAGGUGCUCCUGUGAUUGCUGGAAUAGCCAAGUCCAUGGGUAUACUAACCGUUGGCAUAGUCACAACGCCUUUCUCGUUCGAGGGGAGAAGACGGGCAGUUCAAGCUCAGGAGGGAAUAGCAGCAUUGAGAAAUAGUGUGGACACCCUAAUCGUCAUCCCAAAUGAUAAGUUGCUGUCUGCUGUUUCUCCAAAUACACCUGUAACUGAAGCAUUUAAUCUGGCUGAUGAUAUUCUUCGUCAAGGCAUUCGUGGCAUAUCUGAUAUAAUUACGGUUCCUGGGUUGGUUAAUGUUGAUUUUGCUGACGUACGUGCUAUCAUGCAAAAUGCAGGGUCAUCCUUGAUGGGUAUAGGGACUGCUACAGGAAAGUCAAGAGCAAGGGAUGCUGCUCUUAACGCCAUCCAGUCGCCGCUGCUUGAUAUUGGAAUUGAAAGAGCCACAGGCAUUGUGUGGAAUAUCACUGGGGGAACUGACCUGACUUUGUUUGAGGUGAAUGCUGCGGCCGAAAUUAUCUACGACCUUGUCGAUCCAAACGCUAAUCUGAUAUUUGGCGCCGUCAUAGACCCGUCACUGAGUGGGCAGGUGAGCAUAACCUUGAUAGCUACUGGCUUCAAACGGCAGGAUGAACCAGAAGGCCGCGUGUCGAAGGGUGGGCAACAAGGUGAGAAUGGCCGACGCCCAUCCCCAGCAGAGGGCAGCAGCACGGUGGAGAUCCCAGAGUUCCUGCGACGAAGAGGACCUUCUCGCUUCCCACGAGUUUGACUGUCCUGUCCUGCACCUGUAUGAUAUGCUCCACCCACCCUUAGGUCAGAAUUAGAUGAUCUUGUAUGGCACCUAGUCUUCUCUAGGCAUCGAUCGUCUCUAGCGGUUUGUUCUUUCUAGUUUUCUUUUUUUCCCCGCCACCAAUUCUUAUGGUUAUGGUCAUCAAUAAUGUGUAGCUGCUGUGAGCUCUCUAGCGCUAUAUGUAAUGUAGUCCGUGGAGAAUGUGUUUUCCCUGUUACACUGGAUCUGAUUAGAAUGGUAGCUGAAGAAGUGAUGGUUGCCUGCAUUAGUAUGGUAGCUGACCAAGGCCAUGUUUGUUUUCCUCCCA